ACGCCACCAUCCAAGAACGCAAUGUGCUGUGUGUGUGUGUGUUGCCGUGUUGUCGAAUGCAAUCGAUGAGGGCGCCACAGCAACCAGAGCGUCUGACUUUUCUCUAACGAACGAUGCUUGCUGCUGCUUAUCGGGCAAGCUGUGUGGUGACACAUAACGCGAUACGCUAGUGUGUGUGUGUGUGUGUCUUCAACCGUUCAUUAUAUAUGUGUGUGUGUGUGUGCUGUGCAAUAUGUUUUUGAAGCAGCGUGUACGUGUGUAUUACCCCUCGAAGCUAGAACAAUAUCGUAAACGUAUUUCAAGAUAUGCACCACACACAGCAAGAAUUGUCAACGACUGUCCCCGGUAUUCGCCGACCUCGUGUCGCGUUUUCCAACCCCAACGCAAAACCUCGGUGACGACAUCGUUAUCGCUGCUGAUAACGAUCACCCCGUCGACCGUCACACUUUUGCCACGGUGGUGGUAGUGGUACGUCAAGUGAAAUACGUCUCGUUUUGUCGUCCAACGGCAUGCAAUGGCGCGGCACCAGGCGCGUAUUCAACCCCGUCCCCAAACUCCUACCGUCCAAUCGAUUGCUUACGAUAGCGAUGUAAAUAGUCCAAUUCGAGUGUGUGUAUGUGUGUGUGUGAGUGUGUGUGAGUGUGCGUACUAUGUUGUUCGGUAUGACUUGUUCGGUAUAAUCGAUGGAAGUUUAGCAAAUUAGAACCAUGGAAAAGAACGCCUGAAAAUUGUAGUUUCUCUAUUUGCUGCGGGAGUUUUGGGUUUUUUUAUGUGGCUUUUUUGCGUUCUACUGUGUGACGUACGCAGCUCUCCCCCCGUGUUCAGCAUACAAAAAUAGCCCCACUGUUUUGACAGUUUCGCCACUGACGUAUACACAUUUAUAGUUCUACCCCUUAACUCACCCAGCGCCUUCAAACCACCUCCAAGUGCUAAGCAACCGCCCGUGCAGAGAGUGGAAAACGGUUCAUUCAGUGGAAAUGCUGCUUUUCCGUGAGAGUCAAAACAGGGACACUGCUCGGUACAGUGGUGAGUGAGAGAGGAAAUGCGACUGUGUGUGUGCGUAUGCGGGAGAAAGAGAAAGAGCAUUAUUAGAUGUACUACGUGCAAGUGGCCAAACAUCCAUCCAGGAAAGCCGGAAAACUGAGUAGUGCAGGGAGAGAGAAAGAGAAAGAGAGAGAAAGAUAAAGAGAGAGAAGGAAAAUACAGUACCGUGGGUAGAAGCAGUACGUUUCACCUCUCUUUUUCGCGAUUGAUUUUUCAUGCCGCAAAGUUGGCACUGCUGUUAUGUGCCGUUUUUUGUGUGAUUUCUAUUACCUCUCUCGUUUACUCCUGCCCAUCUGCGCGCUCGCCUCUCCCUUUCUCUCUCGCGCACCACCAACCAGCGUGUGAAAGUACAUGUACGUUCUUUCCUUUUCAACCUGAGUGAGUGUCUGCAUUGGCAUCUCAGGUUGGGAAAGUGUCGUGGGAAAGCGAUUCUCGCCGUUUUCACGCUCACGCACUCUCGCCAGUGCACUGGCCCAAUGCGCUUCUCUCGCCAGAGAAAGAGAGAGAUUGAGCGAAUUUUCCUUCCUUUCGCCACAGCACGUGUUUGCGCCGGUAUUGGUGUGCGAAUCCGGCGAAUUUUGGUAGCGGCCGGAUAGCCCAGCCGUCGGUUGGCAUGGAAAAACCCUCCACCGACGCCGUCUGCUGUGUGGGGGCAUAUAUGUGGGGCACCAUUUUCUUCGCUGGUAUGCGGUGGCCGCUCACUACUGUGAGACAGGAGAGGACGCGACGAUGAGCGGAAAUCCCGUUUCAAAUGUGCCCGUGAAAUCUGUUUACAGAACAAUUUGACAUUUGGGGUUACAUAGCGGGGUGAGCGUUUUGCUUUUCUUCUCGCCUCCGUUUGUUCGUUUUUUUCGUACUUCGCCAAACUGGCACGUGGAGUGGUUCUGUGGGUUGCUAACAGAAAAAAAAGGAAUAAUUAUUUUCAGGCAUUUGGGCACAUGUUUGAUGUUUGUUGGGUGAUUGCUGCAUGUGUUGUAGAUACGCAUGUAAAUGUUAACAUACAAGUGGGUGCUGAAUAAGGCCACAAUGCAACUGAUAGAGAGUUUAAGGUAAAAAAAACAAUACACAUUAUAGCUACACAACCAAUAAUCUGUUGAACCAUCGAUCGAACGCAAAACACGGCACGAUGCGCUGCAAGUAGUUCCUUAAGCGCCAGUCAAGUACAUAAAUGCCCACGGUCCCCUCUUAAUUAUGAUUUGAAGAGCCUCCGUACCGACAAAUGAUGCGCGCACCGGGACGAUGUUCCAACAAUUAAGCGAUUAUCCCGAUGUUCCAAAGUACGAAAAACGAGCAACGAAGGGAAAAACAAAACGAUAAUUAUGAAUGAACGCAAAUCAAUUCGGUUACACGCACCGUGAAACUCGUUUUUCCGGCCCAGUGCUGUGCUGCAGGGUGGUAAUGUUUCAUAAUUCCAUCAUUUCAUGCUGAUGAAAUAUGUAAUCGGUUCGUGUACGGUGCCGGAUAGGAGGAGGACAAGGAGUCACACAGGCCAUCCCGACCGACUAAUGGGCCAUCGACGUCCACUCUUCUUCUGAUGUGGACGGGUGUGCUAGGGGUUUCUCCCGUCCACCAUUUCGCUGUUUCUAGUUCCGAGGAAGAGAGAGAGAGAAUGGGAGUAGCGAAACAAAAAAAAAUACAACAACCAUUCCGGAACGCAUCAAUCAUAGCGGAAAAUUUCCCAUCAUUACACCGCACCGUGGUUUCCCUUCCCUGUUCCACGUUCUGGGCCACCGUCACACAUCGACCUGGUCUAAAACGGAUAAAAUGUGGUCUCAGUUUUUUUUUUGUAUGGAACGCUGCUAUCAUUAGACGACGGCCAGCUCGUCUAAGCUGGAAGGUGAAGGGAGGCGCACGCUCCAGCCGUACGGGAGCUUGCUUUCGACAGCUUUCCGAUCGGUUUUCCGGUUCAUCAUGGGGGAGGGUGGGUUGGUAGCAAGGCGGCAGCAAUUUUACUGACGUCAGUAGGCGCUCUCGCCGCAAUUUGAUGAUGUGAGCGGCCGUGGCCGGGUAGACCACCGUCUAGACGCAUCCGUACGCGCGUCUGUCGCAACGCGCCAGGGUAAAGGAGGCCGUUUUUGGGCGGAAGGAGUUCCUGGCCGUAAGCGACGCUCUUUGGAAGAAUUUGAUUUCUUAAGUCGAACUCUGCUGCUGGAAAUUCCAUAUAAAAAAAACCUUAUUGCAGCUCACUCACGACCCUUUGCGACGCAUACGCACCGUAAUACCGUGAUAUCCACCGUCGGUGGUGGUGGUGGUGAUGGUGGUAAAGUAUCUUCGUUAAGUUUUUUUUCAAUGUGUCACCAGUUUUCCGGCCCGUACAACUCCUACGUGUACCAUUCAUACGGCCACGGUACGGCACAAUUUCGGUAGGAUUGGUACGGAACUCGGGUACGGGCCGCCGGUGCGCAUGCCCCGGGCCGAGUGUGCCGAGUCACUCAGCACGAUGGCUGCUGCAGGCUCGUUUGGGUUCGGGAGCGUUCGGGGCCCCGUCCGCUAGAGCGCCCGAGUUCACUAGGGUACGGUGCCACUGGGAUAAAUGUGCGUUUUUGUUUACCCUGCCCACCAUCCGCUCGAACCAUUCUCCCCAUUGCCCAUGCUUAUCAAAACGGGACGGUGGGAACCCGGUGGGAGUGUGGGAGAGGGCAAUGCCAAAUCCGAAUAAACUUCGGGCCAGGAUGUGGCCGCUUCGGGCCCAGGGAUACGCGGCGCGUGAGUGACCCGAACGGCGUUUGUACGGCGAGCGCUGAGCUUUCGGGACUCGGGACGGACUGCUCCAAGCCCCAUUUUAGUCUGCUGGGGGGGGUGGUUGGGGGGAGGUUUAUCGACGAAUAAAACGCAGCCAGCGUCGGUGUUCUGCGGUCAAUUCGUGUCGCUUCGUUUCAUAGAACAAGUUGAUCGCAACAGAAGCAGCAGCAGCAGCAGCAGCAGCGGUAGAUCGCAGCGCCCAGUUCCAGUUUUUUGUUUGUCUGCGAACAAGCGCAGGGGAAAACGCUCUGCACCCACAACGGCCAGAGACUUGGUAGUGGCUAGAUGCGGUACGCGUCGUACCGUACGCCAACCAGUCCGUGUGUUAAGGUGCUACCGUGCACAAGGUUGUCCCGUGUGCAUACAACACUCUCCUGUGCAGAUGGUGGAUAGAGAUAUAGCUACCGUCGCACUUACCAUUGCGCCGACACUCUGAAACGACGCUGCUCCGAUACGUCGUUUUGCGGUCGUGAAUCUAGUGUGUGUUAAUGUGUUAAGUUUUGUUUUUACAUAUAUAUAUAGCCAAAUUCGAGUUUAUCUUGGUGUGUUGCUCGGUGUAAACGCUCGCUUAGAAAACGGACGUGCGAUGUGCGGGCACAUCUAACUGUUGACUUCUCUUCAGCUUCUAAUGCACUGUUAACCCUACCGUUUCCAUUAUCCAUUCCACACUGCUGACCAGUGUGUGUAUGUGUGUGUGCGUGUUGAUGGAAUAUCAAGUUAAAGUUCUAAUUCAGAUUUUUAAUCAUAAACCAUUCAUGUACAAAUAAACGCAACAAUUCCGUGUCUCGUGUCUCUUCUCCGCCACAGCAGCUACAACCACUCGUCAGUGGUAUCGUGUGCGUGUGUAAAAGGUGUCGCGUUCGCGUUCGGUGUAGAACUCUGGGAUGCACUCCGUGACAGUGAUCCUGUGUGUGUAACGACACCGUGUACCGUAUGAGCGUGCAGUGAAUGCGUGUCGUAAGCGAGAGCGAGUGUGUGUGUUUGUGUGCGUGUGUUUCAUUCGAACGCUGAUUACUGAAUAAAGGUGAAACGCGUGUGGUGCGGUGUGCGUGCGUCUGCGAUAGGAGAUGUGAACCGGCGUGUCGCGCGCGUUCAGGUGCGUACGUGCUGUAUAGUGGUGUCGAUGUCGAUGUGAAGGCAUACAAAACAAGCGUUCGAUAGUAAGUGUUAUUGCGCUCGUGCAGUGUAUACGGCAAACGCAGCGAACUGUCGCUAUUCGUUCGAAUGUGUUGCAGCGUAUUGUACGCGCUUACGGAAGCUCAUUAGUAACGCGCGCGUGUGCGUGUGUGUGUUUGUGUGCGCGUGUUUUGCGAAAUUGUGUAUCGAGUGAAUUAAAGUAAGUGAGAACACGUGUAGCACAUUGGGGGGUUGAAAAGGUGUAAGAAGAAGGAAAAAAUAUCCGCGCCGUACGGGUCCUCAGGUUAGGGUACACCUGCAGAGCUCGCCAAACCCCUUCCCUUUUCCUAUAUAGGUCCGUGGUUUCGUACGCGUGAAUCGACCAUGGGUGACUUUCUCUACUCCGGCUCGGUGCUGGCGAACGAGUCGUGCGUCGCCAACUCGCAGUCGCUGCUCGACACGCUCAGCAUUAACAAUCUGCUGAACAUCAAGCAUCUGGCGUCCGGGGCCGACAUUGGGGACAGUCUGGUCGGUACGAUCGUCGGCGAAUCGUCCUCGUCGUCCUCGUCCGUCUCGAUGGGCGAGCGCACCAAGAGCAAUGGCAAUGCGGGUGGUGGGGCGGUCGUGGGAAGCACCGGCCCGAAACCGUCCGUCGAUGUGGACGGACCGGCCGGGCUGCUGAUGGCGUCGAGCGCGGCUGCCUCGAGCGGUGGCGUUGCCGCCGGCGGCGGUCUAUCCUCCGUCUCGAGCAUCAUCACAACGGCCAUGUCGUCCGACGGCUGUGGCUCGCUGUCGUCCCGGGAGCUUUCGCUCGCCCUCGGGUCGGCCGGUGGGUGUGGCGGGGUGGGCGAGGCGACCGUCACCUCGUCCCUGCUGAACGGGGGCAGCAUUACGUCGCCCUCGAUCGUGAAUCUGGGGCACGGUGGGCUGAACGCUGGAACAACUGGCAGCACCAACAACAACAGCAGCACCCCGCACAGCAGUGGCAGCGCCAGUGGCAACAGCAUCAAUGGCAACGGAGGUCACACGAACCAGAACAGCGCUAACAAUAAUCUGCUGCUGGACGGUACCGGGGCGGCGGAUCCGCUCCAGCUGCAGUCGGUGGCCGAGGAGCUCAGCCUGAAGGCGUCCGAUCUGGGGUGUCUCGGUGUCACGUCCAACCUGAUGAACGGGUCGUCGCACAUCGGCUCCUGUCUGGCACCGAGCGGGCUCGGGUUCGGUAGCACACCGGACCACAGCAGCCCGUGGUCGACCGGGCCGGACGAGACGAGCCAGGGCCAGGGUGGUUCCGGCGGGGGCCACCUCUCGAUGAACGGGCUGGGCGCGUUCCAGAACUUCUCAAGCAAUCUGUACAGUGGUGCCGUGGUGGCGGCUGCUGCCGCUGCAGCCGCUGCAGCAGCUCAGCAGCAGCAACAGCAGCAACAGCAACAGCAGCAACAGCAACAGCAGCAGCAACAGCAGCAGCAACAGCAGCAACAGCAGCAACAACAUCAACAGCGUCGUGCAAUAACUGCCUCGCAUGGUGGCUUCCCGAACCACGGCCACCACGGCAUCUCGCCGAACGGUCUCUCCGUGCAUGGCAAUGCAAUGUUGCAGCAACAGCAGCAACAGCAGCAACAACAGCAACAGCAGCAACAAAAUCAGUAUAAAAACUCGUACCCAUCCUGGUCCAACCCGGGACCUUGGUCGCAGCAACAAUCCACCCAGCAGCAGCAACAGCAACAGCAGCACCAUCAGCAGCAGGUGCAUCAGCAUCAGCAGCAGCAGCAGCAGCAAAGCUCACUGUCCAGCUGGAAUCGGGGCCGUUCCAUGUCGAGCCUGAACCCGUCGGGGCUCGGCCCGAACGGGCUGCACUCGCGCAAACCACCCCACCAGUCCGGCGGCAACCAGUCGCUCUCACCGUACGGCAUCGGCAGCAACAGCAGCCAUCUGCAGCAAUCCCACCACCACCAACAGCAGCAGCAUCCGCAUCAGCAGCAAAGCAUGCAGCAUGCACACCAUCAGCAGCAGCAGCAGCAUGCUCACCAUCAGCACCAGUCGCACCAUCAGUCGAACGCACUGCAACCGCUGCAAUCGAACCUGGCCAACUCGCCCUCGCGCUAUCGGCGCACCAAUGCGUCCGUGCCGUUCCCGUCGAAAUCGACCCUAUCGGCACUGGGGGCGGGCGGCGGCGGCGGCGGUUCGGUCGGUGGCUCGGGCGGUGGCAGCAUUGUGGGCGCUGGCGGUGGUGGUGGCAACGGCGGCGGCGGCAGUGGCUCCAUUGGCAUCGGGUCUGGCGGGUUUCCUGGACCGCUCGACGUCGUGUCCGGCAUGGAUGAGAAUCGUGAUCCGUUCCUGUCCUCGUACCAGGACCGCACCGGGCUGGGCAACGGUUUGGACAUGCGCUCGCUCGAGCACUGUCUGAGCGACAUCAUGCGAAAUGUGGGCGAAGCAUCGCAGCCGGAUCAUCUGAAAGGAUUUUUAAACUGCAAUACCAACACACUGCAAUCGCUGGCCCAGCUACAUGGAAAGCUCGAUUUCCACGAAUUCAUCCCAGGCAAACCCUUUUUCGCCGGACUGGACGAACACCUGAACGAUGACGAUGGUAGCGGUGGCGGUGGCUUCAUCGGUACCAACCAGCUGCAGCUCAACUCGCCGGCCAGAUCUUCGCCCCACUCGAAUGGCUCGGAGACGACGGAACGGUUCUCCCGGAAAGUGUUUGUCGGCGGUCUGCCACCAGACAUCGAUGAAGAGGAAAUUACCACAUCGUUCAACCAGUACGGAGAUCUCAUCGUCGAUUGGCCGCACAAAGCGGAAUCGAAAUCAUACUUUCCGCCGAAGGGAUACGCUUUUCUGCUGUUUCAGGAGGAGCGCGGCGUGCAGAAGCUGAUCGAAACGUGCGUCCCGGAUGAUGACAAGCUCUACAUCACCGUCUCGUCGCCGACGAUCAAGAACAAAGCGGUGCAAAUCCGUCCCUGGCGGCUGGCGGAUGCCGACUUCGUGCUGGACGCCUCGAUGCCGCUCGAUCCGCGCAAAACCGUCUUUGUCGGGGGUGUUCCGAGACCGUUGAAAGCUUAUGAACUGGCCAUGAUAAUGGAUCGCUUGUAUGGUGGUGUAUGCUACGCUGGUAUCGACACCGAUCCGGAACUGAAGUACCCGAAGGGCGCCGGACGUGUUGCGUUCUCGAACCAGCAGAGCUACAUCGCCGCCAUCUCAGCCCGUUUCGUCCAGCUGCAGCAUGGCGACAUCGAUAAACGUGUCGAGGUGAAACCGUACGUUUUGGACGACCAAAUGUGCGACGAGUGUCACGGCCAGCGGUGCGGUGGAAAGUUUGCACCUUUCUUCUGCGCCAACGUCACCUGUCUACAGUAUUAUUGCGAGCAGUGCUGGGGUUUAAUUCACUCGCGCGAAGGCCGCGAGUACCACAAGCCCCUGCCCCGAUCAAUUUCAACUGCAACUGCUAGGACGCCGGCGGCGGCGCGGGCGGGUGGUGGAGCUGGCGGCAGUGCCGCCGGUACACUCGGCUGCGCCGCACCGACCGAUAGCCUCCCAUCGCUAUCCACCGGCACUAGCGCCACGACCCUUUCCGCCGGACUCUACUAUGGUGGCAGCGGCACUAAUGCCGGAUUUGCCGGCUCUGCCAGCUACGUACCACCGCCGCCUUCGUUUCCCUGGGCUGCCAGCACUGCUGGAGCCGGCACCGGCAGCGGAGCGGUUGGCUUUGCCGGCGGACUGUCGUCCAGAACGGCGCGACACCAUCAUCACCACCACCAGCACCAACAGCAGCACCACCAGCAGCAGCAGCAGCAGCUAAGCACCCGUCCACUGUCCCUGUCAGCGUCUGCGUCCACGCCCGCGUCGACCCUGUCGCACGUGGCAACGCAUGGUGGAGGUGGCACCGGUGGCUCAUACCACCAUCACCUCCAGUCGCGCUUUGGAGCAGCGGCCAGCGGCAGUGGGGGUGGUGGUGGUGUUGGCAGUGGUGCGUCGGCGCUCGUGUCGCCCACGUCUUCGUCGUCGUUCAAUCGUUGCAGUUCCAUUGAUCAGUACCAUCAUCAUUCAGCGAUGGCAGCGGCCGCCGUCGUCGGCAGUGGCAGUAGCGGCAGCAGCAGCAGCAACAGUAUCGGCGGGCUUAGCACCGUUGCCGGCAUGGCUGGCGUCAAGAAAGAAGACCUUCUUAAGCAACGCCUUGCUAAGCUGCAGUCGAUUACUCCCACCACCGACGGAAGUCCGUAAGAGGUAUGGAUAAGUGUUAGGGGGGUGUGCCCCUUCGGCUAUCGGAUUAGGAAAAUUCCCUUUCCAACGAUUCCUACCUACUCUAGCAGUUGAAUUUGUGAAGCCUCGCGAGAGGAUGGGGGGCAUACGUUACUUAGUUGUAUGUGCAAUUUUCUACUCUCAACUCAAAACAAACCACCUUUUAUAAUCAAACCAGAACUCUCUGAUAUGUAAAAAAACACAAACACAGAUACACAAGCGUUGUUUCUAGCGAUUCUAGGUUGGUUUUGCGUUAAUGCUGGUUUCAUUCAAAACCAGAGCAUGCGUUCGACGAAACACGGUAGCCCAAUUCAUUUUAAUAUUUAUACUUUUAGUAGAAUCCCAAUGCAGUGAACUUUGUCGGGGUUUAAAAACAAAACAAAACCAAAUAAUAAAAACGAGCGAGAGAGCGACACAUCUGUUAGAAGAUCAAAACAAAUCGACCGAUCGAUUCAAGGACCUUAUGUCGUUGUUAUGAUGCACCCUGUAAAUAUUGGCAAGGAAACACAUUGUACGGCGGAUACUUUGCUAGGGCAGGCUCAUGCCGCAGGUUGCCCUUCUUCGCGCAGAUUCUCACGGAGGUGACCGAACCCGCUUCACGGGGUCAAAAUCUUUAAAGCAAACCUUCGACAAGCAACUCUCGUUGCAAGAUACACAUCUCCACACAACACCCCCCUACGUCAGGCAGAAGGGUACGAUUUUUGUGAUAAAAAAUAGGGCUACAUUAAUACUAAAGAAAAGUAAUAUUUUUAUAUAGUUAACCAUUUGCAAUACAACCGUAGUGAAAUAUUAGGUCUUAUAAAAAGAAAAGAAAAACGAACAGCGCGCGCGCCAUCGCAAUGUGCAGAGCAGCAGCAGUAACAGCAGCAAAUAAUGCCUUGAUUUAGGCCGCCAUGUGUUAUCGCUGUACUAGGCUUUCACGAACCUUUUUGUACCUUUUUGUAGGAGUUGGGGAGAGCAGAACAAAAACAAAAAUCAGAAAAAAACACGUUGAUGCGCAUCAAAAUUCCCCUGGGCGGGAAGAGAACGAUCGUGUCUAGCCUUGCACGAUCGGGACACAUUUUCAAACCCGGUGCGGUUAGCACGACUCGUCUAUCUAUUUGGCCCGAAGUAUCUCUCUAGCCAUAGUUUUCACCACAAAUGACAAAGGACAACGGUAGCAGUUGCAAUAUUCGACCCUGCUGUUGCCGCCCUGGUGCGCAGCAGGAGGUACAUGAUGUUCUCUUGUUGACAUUUUUUAAAGAACCAAUAAUUGGUAGACUAUUUAAACAAAAACAACAACAAAAAACACUGUAAAAAAGCUUGUGAUCCUCCUGAAGCGACGAGCAGGAUCGACACCGUGCUACAAACACUGGGGGGGGGGAAGGGGUGAGAACGAAUUGUCUAUAGUAUUGAUUAGAAGUUGUAGGUACUUACUGAACAAACGUUGUUCGGGCAAAAGCGGAGCAAAGGGGAGGGAGGUGUCUGGAUGAGUUUAAUUUCUGUGUUUUUUUUUAAUUGCCAUGACUCUCUCCGCCCCCUUCCUCUUUACAGCCAAUUCUCAUAUCUGCAUUGCCUCAGCAAGCCGAGUGAUCAGGCCGAUGGCUUUUUAUAGAUGUGUUUUACGUUAUCCGGUUAGGUUUACGCCACGGUUUACGGUUGAAAUCUUGUAGAUGUACUUUUGCAACGACCGCAUGCCAUUAGCCGAGUGGCUAGCAGAAGGUGGGGAGAAAUAAACCACCUGUAUAGUAAAGCGCAGUGGUGAAAUAUGCAAACUGCUUAAAAACACAUACAAAAACAAAACGGCUCGGCAUUCUAUUGCCGCAGCCGAAAGUCAAAAUCUUUGUACGUUAAACGCAUACCUUUUUCUAUUCAAUUAGUGUAAACGUGCUUUCAACCUCUAUCGAAAAUCAAGCUCACGUUUCAGUGUUUGUGUGUGUGUGUAUGUAUCGCGCGUACGUGUAUAAGGUCGCGGAUGCAUAAAAACACAGCCGGCAAAAAAAAAGCAAACGAUCUGAUCUAGAUUAAAAUCGUAUUAACUAAUACAUAAGGAUUGAUAUACAUAAACAUAUGAAACAAAACGUAUAUAUAUAUAUAUCGUGCGCUUAUAUAGCAGCAGCAUACAUUUAGACUGGUGUAGAUAUAUAGCAAGCGAGAUAGAUUUGGAAUGGUGGCGUCAGUUGGCCAUCGAUUUUUUUUUAAGUUUGUUUCAUAUUUCCGUUCUCAAAAUCAGAGCCACAACACUUGGACCCACAGGUAGCGUAGAUAGUGAAACAAAAGUAAUACUAAAUAAUUGAAAUCUUUUAGCAAUAUUGAACCGUGACCAGCGCUGCUGAUUGUGGAUAAGUAUAGACUGUAGACACUUUUUUACUGAAAUGUUUGAAACGCCGCACUGUGCGAACAUAGUUUAAUUGCUAGCAUUAUGUUUACGAUUUCUUCAAAGCGCAUGAUCAUAUCAAUCGUCCUUUGCGAGUAAGAAUUUUGUAAAAUGUCCUGUGUUUUUUUUUUAGAGCGGCCUCUUAUUUCGAGAGACACGCAAAGGAAACUGUUCUAGUUAAAACCGUAGCGCCAUCAUCCUUUGUUCGACUAUGAAAAGCAAGCAAGCAAGCAACUUAUCGCGCUGUUUGCUGAUGUGAAUAAUAGUGGGCAACUAAUUAAAACAAUACAGACACACACACAUACAUACACACAUACAUACCAAACACAACCUUACCGGUUGAUUGUAACAUAGCAAACCACCUUAUUGCAAUUCAGACGAUCGCACCGUGUAAUAUACUACUUUUUUCCAGCAAACGAUAUUUGCGCAGCAAAAAGUAGCUGGGGCUACCCGCGAACGAAACACUCCAACCCGAUGUUUUGCUCGCGCGCUCGGCUUAUUUCGAAUAUGAAUAAAAGUGUAAAAGACGUGUUUUUAUAAAACCUUUAAACCUUUAAACCAAAAGAAGUACGCUAAUCAAACCCCCCCCCCCCCCCUGUUAUAUAUCAUAGCUAAAGUAAUGAACGAUUUGCGAGAAAGAGAGUUGUGAAAGAGUGAAUGCCACAGCUCAAUCGUUACACAGCUUUCUAGUUGUCAGCAAAUAGGAACACGGGGGUUGCCGCGGGUUUAGUGUGUUCGAUUGCUGCGCCUGGUAUUAUUCCUUAAUAAGUAAGAAGGAAGGCACGCUAAAUAAUGACGCUAAGCAUCUAGCCGAAGGUACGAUCGUGUGCGCCCUAUUCUCCCAGAUUAGGGCGCGCGCACGGUAGGAAGGGAGAAAGCACGCAACCGGGCGUAUAUGAUGAUCAGCAGCCACACUUAAAGUCACCGAAAGUGAUGAAUGUUUUUUUUUCCUGCUUGUUCUAAUCAUUUUGUACCGCACUGGUGAUACGCACCACCGUGGUUGUGUGCGCAAUAAAUACGCAACUGUGAAUGUAGGUAAACUCUUUGCAUAAAACAGACCUAACGGCAUCAUUCUGUUGAGGAAAUCGCGUGUGUGUGCGUGUGUGUCUGUGUAUGUAAGAGAGAAUGUACUUGGUGUAUGUAAAACAGUUUUAUAUUUAAUGAUACGCAAACAACAACAACAAAAAACUCUAAAAGACAAAAGUAAUGCUCCUUGCGCUAGACUCUCAUAAAAAAUAAUAAUAAUAGCAAAAUCGACAAAGGUACGUUUUUAAACGGAGUUUCUUAGCUACUAUCUUUAAAGAACACUAUUUAGCUAGCGAAUUAACUUAAAAACCCCCACACAAAAAAAAAACCCUUUCCGUAGGCCAGAAAGAGAAACGGGUGGCUGAGUUGCGGGAUACGUUAAAUAUCGUUUUCGUUCGCGCGCUGUCGCUUUAGUUUUAGCAUAAAAUUGUUGAAUACGUUUUUAAGGUAGGCCAGUACAAAAAGCCCGUUUUCUAUGUAGACAAAUCAGUAGAGACACACUACUACUACUAGUAGUAGCAAGCGCUUGCUCUCCGUAGCAUAUAUACAUAUAUUUUUUUACAAGCCCCUCGCCCAUUUUUGCAUCCAGAGUUACUGUUAGUUCCGGAUUGAGUUUGAGUUCAAUUUAAUUGUUGUAACAUGAUGUAAAUGGAAUGUGUGCGUUAAAUGAGUGCAAACGAUGGUGAGUGGCAAGUGAGCGAAUAAUUUGAAGCGGCAAAUGCGAAUUAUGAAGAGAAAAAUAUGAAACAAAAAUGAAAUGGCUAAAUUUGCUUGCGUGUGUAAUCAGCCACAGAGGGAAGCGAUAGGCAAAAAGAAGAGAUUUGAACACAUUUUAACGAAACACGAACGAAUGAGCAUAGUUAAUUGUGCUGUGUGUAGAACAGAAACAGAGCGAUGCUGAAACAAAACCCAUUGGAAGAAUGAGACUCCCGAUCUCAUGCAUGUGCUAGCUGCUUACUGCGCGUUAUCAGAAUAAUACGUUCUCGAGUGGGCCACAGCUACAGUCUUACCAAAACCGUGCACAAAACCGCUCGAUACACGAGUUUUGGCAACAGCGGGCGCGCUUCGCCUCGAACAGAGAGCGUAACCUUCUUCCAUCGUGAACGAAACAAAAAAAAAAAAACCGUGCAAAAAUUAACCGAUACAUAACUACAGCGCAAUGCUUAUGGAUAACCUUUUACCGUAGAACUAUAUUAAACCGUUAUCGUCCGACGUUCCCCUUUUUUUAAAAAAGCAGUGUAAACAGCAAAACAAAAAGGGGGUGUUCACAUACUGCUGCUACUGGGAGAAGGGAGCAACGGCAAGCGAAUGACUACUCUAUCCUGUACCACGGCAGCGAGAGCAGCUCUCCCAAUCACGUAGCGGAGCAGCAGUGUUAGUAUAUUUUUCUAUCCGAUAGUGCAUAAAACAGUAGAUACAUUUUUAAACCUGCUCUCCCACUUUAUCUCCCCCCAACUAAAGACAAAAGCUAGAACAUGCCAUCCCCACCCCCGAGAUAUCAAGUGCGUGCGUGCGUGCGUGUACCACCAAACGGAUGCGAGAGAAACACGGACACGGACACACGUAUAGAGAGAGAGAGAGAGAGAGAGAGAAAACAAAAACGUUAUUAUAUUUUUGUGCACCAACUUUUCCAAUGCCGCGCCGCUCGCAGGCCCAUGAGCUCGUACCAGGCCAGGCCCACGGGCCCAUUUGAUACGGUCGGGACCGCCGGUGGUCAAACGCGACACAUCAAGAAAAUACAACUUCAACGAGGUUUCUAGUAAAAUUCUUCUUAGUGAAAUUAGUGCAAACCUGGUGAACCAGGUCCUAGAGACACACGUGCGGCGUUCUGUUCGUGCGGUAGCUUUCUUAACAGAGCAAACAUUAUAAAAAGACGUUUCGUACCGCGUUGGAAAAGCUAUGGCUGACAAAGGCAUCAUCAGAAAGACAGUGUUAAAUUUAACGUUUUAGUGAAGAGAGGGAGAGAGAGAAAGAGGGACAAGGAAACUGGAUGAUUUUCUCGCCACGGUUUAGAGAGCUAGUGGGUCACACACACACUCGUACACACAAUUCAAGUACACUUAGUACAAAUUAGCUAAAUUUCUGAAGCAUUAUAUUUCGACGACACACUCACACACACACACACACACACACCCACUUUCUUCUUAAUGCCCCGACCGAUGCCAAGGUGAGCCGGAAUGUGCAAUGGAAAGCAAAAACACAGAAGCAAAGCUGACCAAACCAAAAAAGUGUGUUGUUAAAGAGAUGGGGCAAAAUGGGGGUUAACCGGGUUACGUGUGAAAAGGCAGUUGUUGUUUGUAAAGAUUUGGUUUUACGCUUUAAGAUUUAGUAGCCCAAAAUCGCAAAUUCGAGAAGACCGCAAAAAGGAUUAAACGCUAAAGCAAACUAGCUAAACCACACCGCACUAGCGGCUACAAGCCGCCCUGGGCCAAAUGCGUUUUGUACGAUAGUAUUCGCUGAUACAGUAUUGAUUUUUAAUGUAAGUGUUUGUUGCGCGAGGCUGUCCAAGACAAACCAAAAAGCUUUAGUAAAAAAUAGUUUGUUUGGUUUUGUUGUUUUCCACCCUCUCCUUUCCCCUUUUUCAAAGGCUGCUCCCACGCGCCCUCGCAUACGUUAAUUGUUGCUUAGUUUUUGUUCGCCUAGUAGCGGCCUAUAUAAGAAAGGAACCAAAGGGUGGCAAAAACGGAACCGAUCUAGUCCAAUGUUGGUUCCUCGUCCUUCUUCCAAAGUGCAUGUGCAACGCACUCUGGGGGGUGACAAAAACAAAACAAACCUCCCAAGGCAUCUCCCGCUCAGACACACACACACACACACACACACUCGUAUAGUGGAGACACACACACACACAUAUGUAUAUUAUAUAUUUUUGUACUACUACUUCAAAACAAACUACGCCAAAACAAACAAACGUUACAACUUCUCGCGUACCUUUUGCUCGCCGAUUACUGUAUUGCUCACCGGGGGAUGGGAAUGAUAAGGUAACCAGGUUUUGAUUGGGCCCGAAUCGAUUGGCAGCGGCUUGGUUAGUUGAAUACGGCACGUGUUGUUGUUGUAAAACAAAAAAAAACAUUUCCAAAAAUGCGCUAUUUACCCAUUUAGCCCCCACCCUUUUUUAGUCCGGCUUUAUACAGCAAACCCCUUGUUACAAAAUAGUACUAAAGUAAAUAGUCCACUGGACAACGAAUUUACACUAGUCAGCCCCUUUUAUUGUUUAAUUUAAAUGCUGCUUUUGAAUGCGAAAGGAAAACCGUACUCAUUUUAUCGUCAUCGAGGUUGUUGUUUGCUAGUUUUUUUUCCAAUCGGAACUUCCAUCCUGAGUUCCAUUCCCAAUUUGAAGUUGUGCUUUUUCUCAACUCCAUAUAAUAACCAGAUCCCACAUGUUAUUGAAGCAUGUACAGAUAUCCCCAGCGAUGAUAUAAAACCCAAAAAUACAAUACAACUACACAGUAAGAGACAGAGAGAGAGAGAGAGAGAGAGAGAGAGAGAGAGAGAGAGAGAGAGAGAGAGAGAGAGAGAGAGAGAGAGAGAGAGAGAGAGAGAGAGAGAGAGAGAAAGAGAGAGAGAGAGAGAGAGAGAGAGAGAGAGAGAGAGAGAGAGAGAGAGAGAGAUAGACAGAGGGGGCGCUUUUAAUCCAAACCCAGGCAAAGAAUAGUAGAAAUAACCGAUGGACGUUCUUCGGUGCAAAGUGGUGUGACACUGACUGGGGGUGAUGAUUGUUUUAGUGUUGCUAUCGUUUCUCUAUUUUUUGUACUAAUCAAUACCCGAAUCAACGUUAUCUAGUUAAAUGAAGAGCAAACAAAAAACACGGAAUGAAAAAUCUUUAUCGUGCAAGGUUGAUGUUGUAAUAGGCAAGCGAAGAGAUCAUUUCCACAUCAACCACAUCCAGCCAGCCAGAGAUAUCGGCUUGCUCUGUACUGGGAGGUUGGAGCAGAAGCUGUCCUUUGUCAGGUUUUGUUCGCUCAAUCUAUAAAGUGUUGCGAUAGAUAAGCGAAAAGACUAGCACGGAUAGGAACUCCCCGGGCUAAGGCCCGCACCGCAGUACGAUCGUACUCUAAGACAAAGACAGUAAAAGCGAUACCAAACGCACCCCCCCCCCCCCUCCCUACAUACUCAUAUCUUGCAUUGGCAGCUAUCAUAAAACCCCCUAUCACAGGAUAUAAGAAAAACGAAGAUAAAAUAGAACCAUAUAAACCCGGAUUGUGUGUAAUUUAAGCAAUGGAAAAGCAGAACAGAAAGUGAAGGAGAAAGUGAAACUAUACCAGCUUAUAACAUAACGAUAAAAUAAUACCAUUCAAAGUUACACUGUUCAAACCCCUCUCCUCUCCCCCCCUACACACAACCACACACAACACAACAGUACCAACUCUACCAACCAUUCAGCCGUUUAAUAGAAAACAAUGUUGCAGCAAAACAUAACAUAACCUACAUACUAACCACACGAGAGGUGAACAUAAGAUGGAAAUUAAAAAAAAGCGUGCGCAUCGAUUCCCCAAAUCCCCAAACCCUCCCCCGGCUAACCUAUUAUCUAUGGACAAAAUCCUUGAUGUUGUUGUAUGGCUCGUUAAUCUCGUUUUCUUACUGCGCACCUCACUCCUUCCCAACCAAACAAACCAAUAACCUUUCCCAUUCGCGCCAUCUCUGUGUGUGUGUUAAACGUGUAACAAGUUAUACAGCAACAACAGAAUCGAUAAAAUAUUGGUAAAAAAGUGGAUAAAGUUUUACUAAGAUAAACACGUGCGCGUAAACAGCAAAAAAAAAUACAAUUCGGGAAAACAACCAGUGUGGAAAUGGAUCAGCAAAACGGUUUGUUCAAUCUCUACGAUACACUACUGUCCAAUGUGUCCAAUGCAAUAAUACUAAAACACACUUCAAAUAUAUAGUCAAAUGCAUUGAUAAACAAAACAAGAAACACAACUCCCUGCCCGCGCCCCCCUUACACACACGCCUCUUACAUAGUCCAUGGUGAGCGUAAGCAUAAAGAGACGGCAUUCGAGGUGCGAACACCACAUACGCGUGAAAGGUAUAGCGAAAUAAACAAACAACCAAACACCCAAUUUCUAAUUAAUACAAGUUGCAUAAACAACUAAUACUACUGGUUCAUAAAUGCAUUGAAAGUGCAGCGUUUUGCGGGUGGGGCAGGAGCAGGUGACAUGCGCGGAAUGCAAUUAAAUUCCCCACACCCGCGUUUAAUGCAUGUGUUUGGCGUUGAGAGAUCGGAAUGAAUAUAAUAAGACGUAUAAAUCUUUUGAGUAGAUUUUGGAUUCUAAUUUUAGAGCAAUUUUUCCACGAAAUAAUAUAUAUAUAUAGAGAGAGAGAACUAAUGAAGAAAAAGAAGAGGAAACAAGCAGCUAUAAACAGCAUAUAAGAACCGUCGUGAAACAAAAAGAAAAACAAACAAACUGAAAGCAACCAUUUUGCUGCAUCACAUCAUCAACAUCAUCAUCGUCGUCGUCUUCGUCGUGCACACAUAGACUCUUUCACCAUUUCGAUAACAAAACAAUUGGGCCCGUAACUAUUUCAAAGACAUGGGAAGAGAGAGAGAGAAAACAAAUACAAAAAAGAUUGAAAUUAGAACAAAGAAAAACUAAACAAAAAAAAACAAUAAUUCUAUUAAGUAUAAUUCUAGAUAAAGCAAAACAGAAAGAAGCAGUACGAUUGAAUGCUAUCCAAACAGUUGAACAAUGAGAAAUUGAGCAACAACAGAAAAAGAACAGAAAGGUGCAAAAUAAUAACACGAACAUAAACAAAAAAGUAAUGAAAAAUAAGUUAAUAUUAAUGAACGUGGAGAGCAAACUAAAGAAAAGUAAAUUCGAACACACACACACACACACAAAUAACAACUUCUUAAACGGCGAAAUUACACAAUAUAUGGCUCAUGCGGUGGUGGCACACACGAAUAUCUCUGUCUGAUUUGUUGGGAUAUGCAGUCGUCGGUUGAUAACGAAGCGAAACAGACAUCCUCGCCCGUAUUAUGCCCUCGUACACUUUCCGUUCGCUGCCUUCCCCUAGAUCGCCCAGACACACUGUGUGAGCAAAUAGGGGAGCAGGUGGGAGGGAGGGGAUGGCAGGUUGAAAAAAAAAACAAACUAUAUGAGAUGCGCGUUAACCAGCAUUAUUGUGUAAAACUUUAGAUCAAGAUGAAAUGAUGUUUUUUAUACUUGUAGCUGACGUUUUUUAACAAAAACUAAAUCAUUCAAAAAAUACAAAAACCUUAAACCUGGUGGAUCAAAGUGAGAUUUAAAAGAUAAAUCAAGAAGACGAAGCAGCAGAGGAAGAAAAAUGAUGAAAAACAAAACCAACAUACAGCAAACGAAACACAACACGCGAAACAGAAGCGAAGAACGGACACGCUAACGAAACUAAAAACGACGAAACAACAAAACACAGCAAAAAAAACAAAACACAUACACACACAGCGGGGAAACGAGCAAUGGAGCAAUACCGGAAAACGCACCCCUUCGCCAACCUGCCCAAAUCCCUGUGAAAGUGCACCAUAAAUAAUGAUAUUGAUAAGAAGAAGAAAAACAAGAAGAAGAAGAAGGAAACAAAUCGGUGAGAGAUAAUACGGCGAUAAGCAACCAAAUCGGAACACAAAGUAUAUAAACUUUAAAAAGACUAAGGCAAACGAAACAAAACAAAAUUAAAAGCUAAAAAAGCGAAGUAAAAGAGCGGACAAAACAAAAACAACCAACCCAACACAAAGAAUGCUCCAGUCACACAACAGUCGUUUUACGCUGCGAGUGGAAAUAAAAUUUGUAUCGCUUACUUUGGAGACGUUUUUUUUCUAAAAUCGGCCAUUUACCACGUGCGCGUUGCAUCAACUGUUUGCGAAAGGUGUAAUCAACCAAUUUAAGUGUACGCAAUGCAAUUGGAGACGAUAAAAAGAACCAGGGGAAAGCAAGAAUUAGCGAAGCAAAACAUAACACACUUAACCCUAUAGGAAAUGUAAUUUUUCUUAUUGGAUUUAACAUUUCUGUUGCCAUUUCUGUUCUCGUUUGUUUGAAGACGAAGCCUACUGUUCUUCUUCGGGUUUAAUAGCACUAAUAAUAGAGGAAAAGACAUAUUGAGCUUUUUUGUUUUUUGUUUCGUAUGUGAAGUGAAAGUGUUCCCUCACUAUCGUUAUCUUUUUAGUAAUAUUGAAAUUGUUUAUUUUUACCUAAAUUGUUAUCGUGAUUUUUUAAACUUGUUGUUGUUAUUGUUGUUGUGUUAUUCUUUUGUUACUUUUCUGCUCUCCGUUCGGAUGAAGAAGCGUUUAAGUAUUACAACUUACAACGAGCGGUUAAUAAGUGUGUAUGUGUUUAUUUUCGUUUUGUUACAACCAUUGUGCAUAAUGUUCAACGAGCGCAAUGCGAGUGCAACGGGUUCGUGUUGCAGUACACUACUGCCGCUCGUGUGCGCCAAACUUGGAGGAUAGAAGGUUAGAUAAUGCCCGUUUUUUUACGUCCAGUUUUCGUCCAACGCAUGGUAUCUCGGCCUGGCCCUUUAAGGGUGGCAAGCGAAAUUAAAAAAAAAAAUAAGGGGCACCAUAAGCGCGCACGGAUAGUGAGAAAUGAGGCAAAGGUAUAGUUUUGUUUGGUUGGAAUAGUUGCAGGAACAACAGCAAAACGAAACUCCCCCAGACAGAAACACGGACAUACAAUACAAUACACAAAAAACCAACACACACCCACACAUUGGGACUAUAAAAAAAAGAAACAAAACAAAUCGCAAAGCAAAAUUAUUAGCCAAUAAAUAGUAACUAAUUAAAACAGAUUAAUGAAUAAUAAUCACAAUGAAGAAAAGCAAAGUAAUAAUAACACACACGAGAAUGGAGCAACGGUUAGGAACAAUCGGGCGCCGCAAACCGUUAAAAACUUACACAAAACAACACACUCUUAAGCAAACAGAACAAACAAACACACACAUAGACACAUUAUACAUGUGUAAGAAGGAAAAGCUAAGAAGAAGAAGAAGAAGAAAACAAAAAAACAAAAAUAUUUAGAGGUUUAUUACUGUUCUAGCUGUUUUUUAUUACAUCCGUCUAUAUAGACCAAAAUGUAGACGCCCAUAGUUUGAUGACCCUUUUUUUACAGUUUAGAGUGUAGGUUCUAGUGAAAAUAAAUUAUAAAAUAUAAAAAAUGGAAUAAUAAGAAUGAAACAAACAAACAAAAAAUACACAUAAAUAAUUGUAACAAAAAAAAACUUUUGCGAUGAUGAAACGAAUAACACUUAGAGAAAGAGAAAGAGAGAGAGAGAAACAAAUAAAAAAGAAACAAUGGCAAAGAAAUAAAAACAAACAGACAAACAACAACAACUAAGCAAAUAACAACGGGGGCAUAACAACUACAGCAUAAAAGCUGCUGAAAAAUAAGAAACUACUAUAGCAUGCAAGUGAGAAAAAUGCAGCAAAAAAAUAAAAAAGAACUGCUUGUGAGGAGAAGUGACAAAGUGACAAAGAAGAAUGUAAACCGAUACCACCAGUGGAGAGAAGCUAAGAGAGAGAGAUAGAGGACGCAUUCACGACGCAUGGUUAGCAAAUCGAAACCGUGCAACAGUGUGUGUGUGUAUGCCAUGCCAUGUGUGCUCUGGUUGGCAAGCUUUGGUUUCCACUCAUUUUCCCAAGCAAGCCAUGAUGAGUAAACAGCAAAGGAAAUUGAAGAAAUAAAAAAACAACCCGCACAUAGAGCAAGAAAGAGAGCCAGAGAGAGAGAGAGAGAGAGACAAAGCAAGAGACAAACAUCGCAAAACGCAGGUUAUAUGCAGUGCAGAUAACAUGCAGCCCCGAACGGCGUGGGUAUGUAAAUGCACGAAGCAUUAAAAAAAUUGCAAAACGCUCUCAAAACCAGCAAAAACAAAAGCAAAUCAUGUUAAUGGAAUGGGUUGUUGUGCGUGUCCUGUGUUGUUGAACGCGAGGUGGUUGAGAAGGGAAGAUUACAUCGCUACAGCUGCAGAUGGUAGGGAGAGAAAGGAAGAAAUGCCAUCAUCCCAUCCUCCCUCCUGUAAGAGCCAGUAGUGAAAGGGCGCAAAGACAGAAGAACAGCAGCAGAAGAGGAGGGAAGAAGAAGAAGAAGAAGAAGAAAAA